CGUUGGAAGAUGAGACUCGUGGCUCUGGUGGUGGUGUGCGGGCUGAUCGUCGGUGAGGGUGGAGGGAGUGUGGGAGCAGCUCUGCCCGGAUCCGAGUCUGCACUGAGGACGCGAGCAACAGGAUCAGUCCUCUCCGCGCUCAGGAGGAGAUCCGCAGAUUUCCCCGCGGAGGAUCCCGGCUUGUGUUUCUCCCCCAGGGAGAACGAGGACCAGCGGCAGCUGCUGUGCAACGACCGCAGGAGUAAAUUCAACUUCAACCCGUUCGGCCUUCGCUUCGGGAAACGCUACAACGUUUACAGAAGAGCCGCCAAGAGAGCCAGGACCAAUAAGAUCUCGCCUCUUUAUCUUUUCCCGCGAGAACUGGAGGUGCCCACCUGA